AUGAGCAGGGUAGCAUUGAGGGCGUUCACAACUACCCAGCCACUAAGAUUUGCGGCUGCAAAAACAGGUGGAUUUAAGUACCAAAAGAUCCCUUCCCCUAAGGAACUGAGGCAGUUUCUGGAUAACUACGUGGUGGGCCAGACCGUGGGAAAGAAAGUUCUGAGCGUAGCAGUCUACAACCACUACCUAAGGGUCAACGACAAGCAGAAACGAUUAGAGGCAAAACUACAGAGUGAACUUUUGGAACAGCAACGCCAAGAAGAUGACGAAAACGAGCCGAUUUAUUCAGAGAGCACCGAAGCCAAAUCUGGCUACAGGCAAUUGCGCAAGCAGUUAUCGCAAGACAUGGGGCUAGGAGAUGCAGAUCUAGAGCUUUCCAAGAGUAAUGUGCUUGUAGUUGGACCGUCGGGCUCCGGCAAAACCCUUUUGGCUUCCACGCUAGCGCGUGUUCUAGACGUCCCAAUCGCCAUAACUGACUGUACACAACUGACACAGGCAGGAUACAUAGGGGAGGAUGUGGAAGUGUGCAUAGAAAGGCUUCUGGUUAACGCUGAUUAUGACGUUGCAAAGGCUGAGCGUGGUAUCAUUGUUCUGGAUGAAAUAGACAAACUGGCCAAACCAGCAGCCAGUAUAGGAACCAAGGACGUUUCGGGUGAAGGAGUUCAGCAGUCGCUUCUCAAAAUUUUAGAGGGCCACUCGGUGGAAGUCACCGUCAAAAAGCCUGUCAAGCAAAAGAAGGACGACAAGCAGAAUCAGAUUAAUGCCAAAAAGGAUGAAACCUUUGUCGUGGACACGUCUAAUAUCCUUUUCAUGCUCAUGGGUGCAUUUGUUGGCCUUGACAAACACGUUGUUAAAAGGAUCAAUAGUCUCAGGGCUCAGUCGGCAGGUGAAAUGCAGGAAGACAAAAAUGACGAUAUAAAACGCUUGAGGUUUAGCAACACUAUCGAAAAAGUGCAGCUUCCUAACGGCCAGAAGACAUCUGCUUUGAACCUUGCGACCCCUUCAGAUCUGGUCUCUUACGGUCUGAUCCCAGAAUUAAUAGGUCGGGUUCCUAUAAUAACUGCCUUAGAGCCUCUCGAACGGUCGGACUUGUACCAUAUCCUCAGAGAACCAAAGAACGCUCUUUUGAAUCAAUAUGAAUACAUUUUCAAACAAUUUGGCGUAAAACUCUGCGUUACACAAAAGGCUCUCAUAAAAGUUGCUCACUUUGCUCAAAAUGAGGGAACAGGUGCCAGAGGACUGAGAGGCAUUAUGGAGCGCCUACUGUUGAACGUGAACUACGAAUGCCCAGGAUCUGGUAUUGCAUACGUUUUAGUUGAUGAGAAGACUGUUAAUGCACUAAAGCAGUCAAACCACUCUCUUUCAUCGCAUGUUGUUGCUAGAUACUACUCAAGAGGCGAAAGAGAUCGGUUUAUUGAAGAUGUGUACAAGGAAGACACUGAACAGGGAAAGUUAUUAGACAACCUAUACGGAAGGGUUGGCAGUCGGAUAAUUGAGGGCAAAGCCAUUCAUGAAUAA